AUAUCGAUAUGCCGAGAUUUGCCCAACAUCGAGGUGAUCACGUUCAGUGUGAAUGGCAUCUCGGACCUCGAGCCGCUGAAUCACUGCCAGAAUCUGAGUGAACUCUAUCUGAGGAAGAACAACAUUACAAGCCUAAAUGAGCUCUUCUACCUCAAAAACUUACCCCGGCUGAGGGUCCUGUGGCUGUCUGAAAAUCCUUGUUGUGGGGCGGACCCCCACCGCUACCGCAUGACGGUGCUGCGUAACCUACCCAGCCUGCAGAAACUUGAUAACCAAGCUGUGACGGAGGAAGAACUGUCCCAGGCCCUGGUUGAUGGCGAGGAGAUCACAGCUCCACCAGCUAGGAGGAACGUGGAGAACGGCUGCCUCGAGUCCACUGAAUCCAGUGCUGCCGAACCCACAACAGAGACCGAGAGUGAACUGCUGAACUUCAGUCUGGAGGAGACAAACAAAAUUCGAGAGGAGCUUGGUAUGAAGCCUGUUCCCAGGGAUAAAUUUUCCUCCUUUUCACCUCGAGAGACAGACUGCAACCGUAAGAAGAGAAACAACGUCCUGAACGCCAUCCUGCUUCUCAUGAAGGAACUGGACGCGGAGGGUCUGGAGAUCGUCCAGCAGACAGUGGGGAGGAGGCUCCAGGCCUUUCGGAAGAAGGAGCUGCAAGAGGAAUGA